UUGAAUCUUUAGUUACGCAUCACUUCGCGGAAGUGCUGCUGUUUUUAAUGAGAAGCACGGGGUGGAAAUAAAGCAUUUUAGCAGCUUUUUUAUUCUCGGUGAAAAAGUGUUUUUGUUGCAACAGCAAACUGAAGGAUGGAAGACGACGCCCCUGUCAUUUACGGGCUGGAAUUUCAGGCGCGUGCGCUGACAGCCCAAACAGCUGAGACUGAUGCCAUUCGGUUUCUGGUGGGAACCCAGUCCCUAAAGUUUGAUAACCAGAUCCACAUCAUUGACUUUGAUGAUGAGAAUAACAUCAUUAAUAAGAAUGUCCUCCUGCACCAAGCUGGGGAGAUAUGGCACAUUGCUGCCAGUCCUGCAAAUAAGGCUGUGCUUAGCACGUGCUACAACAAAACCAAUGACAGCAAAGUGAUGUCGUGUGCAGCCGUUUGGCAGAUGCCCUCUGGUUGGGAGACAGGAAGCCACGAGUCAGCUGAUGACUCUGCCCAAAAUCCCCAAACCCUGGAGCUGCUCUUUGACCUUGACAGUGGGACUCAACACAGCUCUUCCUGCGUGCUGUGGGAGCCCAUGGGUGAUGGCAAGCGUGUGAUUUCAUUGGCUGAUAACCAAGCACUGCUCUGGGACCUGCAGGAAAGCCCCACAAAGGCCACAGUUUCUAGCACAGCCACUCUGGAGGGCAAAGGCCAGCUGAAGUUCACCUCUGGCAAGUGGAGCCCCCACCACAACUGCAGUCAGCUCGCCACAGCAAAUGACACGGCUAUACGAGGCUGGGACCUUCGCACCAUGAGUCAGAUCUACUGUGUAGAAAAUGCUCAUGGCCAGCUGGUGCGUGACCUGGACUUUAAUCCAAACCGUCAGUACUACUUGGCGAGCUGCGGAGACGACUGCAAGGUCAAGUUCUGGGAUGUCCGCAAUGUUCAGGAGCCUGUGAAAACAUUGGAAGAGCACUCUCAUUGGGUGUGGAGUGUCCGCUACAACCAGAGCCAUGACCAACUGGUGCUAACAGCCAGCAGCGACAGCCGCCUCAUCCUUUCCAACAUGGUCUCCAUCUCCUCGGAACCAUUUGGACACAUGGUGGACGAUGAAGAGCUCAGUGAAGGGGAAGACAACCCUCAGGAAGAAAAGGUUAAGGAGCCCCUAAAAGACAGUGUGGUGUCCACCUACGAGGAGCAUGAAGACAGCGUGUACGCCGCUGAGUGGUCAUCAGCCGAUCCCUGGCUUUUCGCUUCGCUGAGCUACGAUGGUCGUCUGGUUAUCAACAGGGUUCCCCGAGCCCUCAAAUACCGUAUCUUACUGUAAGGAACGUUGGGGUUUUGGGGGCUUGUAUUUUUGAGUGUAUGUUUAAAAUGACCAAUAAUGUGUACAUUCUCUGUAAAAAGUCAGCUGUCUAUCAAUAAAACCAAAUACUGAUCUCUGGA